AUGAAGAGCACGAAGAUAAUCUCUAAAAAUAGCUCCACUGAUGUCUUACAGGGAAUAUACUCUGACUAUCUGACUAUGUGUUGUGUGCAUCCGGAUAAUAAACAAACAGUUUCGACCUUGAAGAUGUCUAUUUUGUCAUGUGGCUGCGGAUGUUGGACAUUUAGAAGUGGUCGACAUGGAUCAUUUCUAAAAGAAACUCAAUGGAUUGUGUCGUUGCUAUAGAAACAUCUUAAAAUGAAACACAUUUACACUCCAGUUGCUUCUGUAGUCCUAGAAACACUUUUGAAAUGGAGGGAACGAGGGAUAUUGAACUACGAAAAAACGAUAACAACCGUGUGGGUCUUCGUGGUAUCCAUUGCAGCUAUAUCGUUAGUCGUUGCCAUGACAACAGCAUCACUAUUUUGUAUUGUAUCAGCUAAGUCUGCUUUUCACGUGAUAAUAAGCCUUUUUGUCUUCAUUGGAGAGCUUAUAGUGGCUUUGUUGGCAGCCCUGUGUUCAGGUGUGACAAUUUGUACGGCUGUAGUUGCCUCAGUUGCAGCAUCAGUGUUAGCCAUACCAGCCUCAGUGAUUCAUGUCCGCGUGAUGGUGUCAGUGGCUGUAGCAGGCUUCUCAAUGGUCAUAUCUUCCAUGUUGAUGGUUCACUGGACGGAAAUGAAAAUGGACGUAAACGCUGGGGUGGCGCUUUUCUCAACAGCGGCAAUCAUGGUUGCUUUAGCAGCGGCGUGGGCGGUGGGCGUCAUGUCACUCAUUGAGAAGGAAACCAAACAGGUUGGACUUCGAAUGACUAGUAUCCUUGAUGCCGUUCGGACAAACAACCACAGAAUUCUAAAAUUGUUGCUCACCGUCCACACAGGGUUACAUCAACGAGAGCUGAACCUUGCCCUCCUACACGGGGUAAAACUUGGCUACACAGAGUGCGUUGAAAUAUUGCUCACUUCAGGUGGAAGCCCUGACUGUACUGAUGCACAGGGAAGUACCUGUUUAUACCUGGCUGCAGAAAUAGGCUCUGUUAGACUGUGUUCUCAGCUCAUCUCUGCAGGAUGUAACAUUGACAAACGCUCUGGAAACAAGGGUUGUGCUCUCCAUCAGGCAGCCAAGUGGGGAUAUGAUGAGGUGGUGAUGCUGUUGCUAGGUAACGGUGCAGACACUGAUGUGCAAGAUGGUGGUUGGAACACACCAUUGAUACUUGCAGCUAAGAACGCUUACCAAGCACAAACUGUGAUAAAUCUCCUGGUAGAGAGUGGUUGUGAUGUGAACAUACGCAACUCAGAACAACGUACUGCUCUCCACUAUGCUGCCACCAGGGGGCUAGAUGUCAGCCUCAUGUUGGAACAUGGUGCUCUGCAUAGCAUCAAUGAUUUCGAAGGCAACAAACCACUUCAUCUAUCAGCCAGUGAAGGAACUAUGAAUGUACUUGAAGCGUUACUGGAACAUGGUGCAAGUACAAAUGUCAAGAAUAUCGAUGGGCGCACACCAGUACACUACGCAGCCAUGAAGGGACACCUGCAUUGUUUGCAAACACUUGCGCUUCACUGGGGAGACCUAGGGAGCCUUGAUAAUGAGGGGGCAACCCCACUAAGCUAUGCCGUCCAAUACGAUAGAGUAAAUAUCAUUUCGUUUUUACUUCGAAACACAAAAAGACAAAACUGUUUAAAAACAAUGAACAAACACGAUCUGUUGCAUCUAGCGCUUACUAAACAGUUUUAUAACACAGCAAGAUUGCUAAUCAUUGCUGGUUACACAACGCCCUCUAUAUUAGACCUUCUACCAGACAUGACGGGUGAUUGUAAAACCAUGGAGGAUGACCUUGACCUGUUGCUAUGGUUACAUCGCACAGCUUCCGUACCACAUGGCCUAUCAGAGAUCUGCAGAGUAGUGAUCAGGGAUCACAUUGAAAGAGAUUUGGUAACAGGAGUGGGGAUGCUACCACUUCCCAAAACAUUACAAAUGUAUCUGAGCAUCCCAGAACUUGAACAGUACACCCCCCAUUAACUAUGGUUAUACUCAAACAUGGACUACACCACCCAAUAAAACAUAACAAAAAUCUGACCCUCAUAAAACCUUGCCAAACUAUGUUGUUGGUGCAAUAGAAUAUUGGAAAACACACUUGAGUAUAACCCAUCUCUCUAGCUAUAGUUAUUCUGAAAGUACAAUAAAAGCUUAUUUCUGGUGUUUCAACUUCUUGAAUUUAAGAAUUGGCUAUUUGACAAAUAUUUUUCAGUUAUCUAACAAGGCCAAAAACUCCCCAUAAAUGGGAUUGGUGUUUCCAUAGCAGGUGGGGUUGAUUGGCAUCAUGAACAAAUGAUAAAGAGUGUAAAGUAAUGCUAAUGAUCUUUUUUAGUAAAUAAGUCAUGUCAGUGACAAUGUGUGCCUACUUUCAAAAAAUAUCUGAAAGAAAAUAGGUGUCACAAAAAUGUAGUGAGCAAAAAUGUAACACUGUGACAAUUUUCUGAAAGUGUCCUUUGUUGUCUCUUUGAAAUCUCAUCAGUUUGAAGUCUAAAUUGUUAAUGCUAACACGGCAUAUGAAAUUCUUUUUACUUUAUUUUUCUUCAUUCUUUAAUUUGAUUUUGCACAAUUGUAUCUAUUGUUACAUAUUUUGCCAUGUCCAUGACAUAAAAAUAUAAGUUAGACAUGGCCUUGUUAACAUAUUUCUUCGGUCGUUUUUGUCCCCAACACUCUCAAGUUAUCAGAAUCUCUAAAUGUAAAGAGCUUCACAUCUGUAGCUUAUACUAACAUAUUGAAAAAUCAAUCACCUGAAUAUGUUACAACAUCUUUGAGAAAAACAUGUUUUACAAAUAAAAAUGAAACUAGUCAUAUAAAAUAAAUAAAUGUGUUAUGUAACUUUUUGAAUGAAAUACUAGAAUGACAUAUUAUAACAUGUGUUGUUUUCUCAAAAAAAUAUUGCAUCUUUUCAGUUAGAAUCUGAACAAUGUAUUUUUAUUCAGGUCUCACUGUGCAUUCAAUUGGAAUUAUGAUUAUCUGUUCUAUCUGGUUUGGACACCAGUCUAGAAUUUACCCUUAAAUGAGAUCAGGUCAAUAUCUUCAUGUUGUCUC